CGGAUUCCGUAAACAGUAUAUACGAGAAAUUUAAAACAGAUGGUCCGCAAUUCCCAAUCUACCACACACAAUUCGUUCAUAAACUAGGGUUUAUUCAUUCCACCAAAAAUCCUAAUUCCUCCCCAAUUCUUCCGCCAUGGCUCGGAACGAAGAGAAAGCGCAGUCCAUGCUGAAUCGUUUCAUCACCAUGAAAGAGGAGGAGAAGAGGCCGCCUAAGCAGCGCCGCCCUUACCUGGCAUCGGAGUGCCGCGAUCUGGCGGAGGCCGACAAGUGGCGCCAGCAAAUCAUGCGCGAAAUCGGCCGGAAAGUCGCUGAGAUCCAGAACGAAGGCCUUGGAGAGCACCGCAUCAGGGACCUGAACGACGAGAUCAACAAGCUCAUCCGAGAGAAGGUGCAUUGGGAGCGCCGCAUCGUGGAGCUGGGAGGACAUAAUUACUCGAGGCACUCCGCGAAGAUGACUGAUUUGGAUGGCAACAUCGUCGACGUGCCCAACCCCAGCGGCAGGGGUCCCGGUUAUAGGUACUUUGGCGCCGCCAAGAAGCUUCCUGGUGUUCGGGAGUUAUUUGAGAAGCCUCCUGAACUGAGGAAAAGGCGCACAAGGUAUGAUAUCUACAAGAGGAUCGAUGCAAGUUAUUAUGGUUAUAGGGAUGAUGAGGAUGGCAUUUUAGAGAAACUUGAAGGACCAGCAGAGCAGAAUAUGAGGGCUGCAGCUGUGGCAGACUGGAAGGAGAUGGAGAAGAUAAAACAGGAAGCAAGGAGAGCUGUAAAGAGCGGUGAGGUGGUGGAAGUGGGUGUUGUGUCGAAAAUCUUAUUUGAGGAGGAAGAGGAUGUGGUCGAGGAAGAGAGAAUGAAAGAGAGAGAGGAGAAGGAGAAGGAGAGAGAGUUUAUUGCUCACGUGCCCCUGCCGGAUGAGGAGGAGAUAAAAAAGAAAGUACUAGAGAAGAAGAAGCUGGAAAUGCUGAGCAAGUAUACAAGCAGUGAGUUGCUAGAGGGGCUAAAUGAAGCAAAGUCGUUGCUUAAUAUCCAGAAGUAGAUGGUAUGUUCAUAUGCCACCUAACUAGAUUUCUCAUGUACGUUCUGUUAAUUGUUUAAAUUAGAAACAAAAAGACCACCUGCAUUAAAAUAUCAACUACUGCUGUCUUGUGUGGUAGGCAUAUCAAGAUAUGGUUAGAAAGAUAUAUUGUGGAUGAUGAUAUGCGAUUGGUAUUGCAUCUUGUUGUUUGAUAGGUAUAAGAUAAAAAUGUUGAUAUCUA